AUGUUUAGCAGUGAUCCAAUCAUUACAUAUAUUGAGAACUACCUCUCCCCCGCAGAGAUCGAGUACCUGCUCAAGCUGGCGAAGCCUUUGUAUCAGCAAUCUCCCGUAUCCCAGGGAAAGCGGCUCAAGACGUACAACGCCGAGAUCCGGUCGUCCAUGUCCGCCGUGCUAGGCGGCAACGAUCCGGUAGUGCGGUGCAUCGAGCAGCGCUCUGUGGAUUUCCAAGGUUUCCUGCCCCGCAGCCACCUCGAGGACCUGCAGGUCGUCAAGUAUGGUAUCUCGGACCACUUCCGGCCACAUUUUGAUUGGUUCGGAGGUGACUCCAACCCCCGGAUUUCAAGCUUCUUCGUCUACAUUGCCUGCGACGCCGACGACACCAACCAUCCCGGGGCCGGCGAGUGCAAAGGCGGGGCGACACAGUUCCCGGACUACACGGGUGCCUUCCCCGCGAAAUGGUGCCAGUUCAUCGACUGCCACGACGACAGCGGUGUCGGGGGCGUGGCGUUCAAGCCGAUCCCGGGCAACGCCAUCUUCUGGGGCAACUUGUAUCCCAAUGGCACGGGGCAUCCGGGGACGUGGCAUGCGGGCAUGCCAGUGACGCAGGGACGCAAGGUCGGGAUGAACAUUCUGACGAGGAGGGAGAGACUGGUUGGUGUAUAGGGCGGUGUGGCAUUUGUAGUUUGGACUUCAACCAUGUGUCCAUCUUUGUUUGCUAUCAUGAUAUCUCUGGAAAAUGUCUAUCUGCUGGCAUCGUAGCACCUAGCUGUCUUCAGCAACUGGAAAAUGAAAGUUGUUUUGCCCCCCCUUCCCGAACGCAACCCGGUCUCCAUUGAUGAGGUUGUAUAUGUGGUGGAGCUUGAAUGUGCUUGAAGGAGCCAUUACCAUUACCAUUGCCAUUGUCAUCACCACCAGAUCGGUGCACCGUGUUCAAUUCGUGAGUCAGCCAGUAUUGCUGUGUGGUCCACGGCACCCCAGCAUCGCAUUACGGCAACUUCAGCGGUGAUUGUCCUGCUUGCGAAGGCUGCGGUGCUCCCAGAAUCGC